UCCACGUUUACCAGGAAGUAAAGAAAUGUAUAAAGAAGAGAAGGGAAGACUAUUUUUGAAUGAAACGAUAGAUAAACUCCUUUUCUUUUCCUACCACCUCUGACACGCUUUACCAGGAGACUCAACCGGCAACGACUAAUUUAGCUGCUUACAGAGAGUAAAAUAAAACCAGUCCCAAGAAUGGCAGAGAAGGUGCUGGUCACAGGCGGAGCGGGAUACAUCGGGAGCCACUGUGUGGUGGAGCUGAUUGAAGCCGGCUACCAGCCAGUGGUGGUGGAUAACUUCAGUAAUGCUGUACGAGGAGAAGGGGGUGUGGCGGAAAGCAUACGACGGAUAGAGAAGCUCCUGGACACCAGCAUUGAGUUUCAUGAACUAGACCUUCUGGACCACCAGGGCUUGGAGAAACUCUUCAAAAAACACUCUUUCAGUGCCGUGAUGCACUUUGCAGGCCUGAAGGCUGUCGGGGAGUCGGUGGAGCAGCCGCUGCAGUACUACAGAGUCAACCUCUCCGCUUCCAUGAACCUCCUCGAGGUGAUGCAGGCUCACAGGGUGCACAAUCUGGUCUUCAGCAGCUCAGCCACGGUAUACGGAGAUCCUCAGCACCUUCCCAUAGAUGAGCAGCACCCUGUGGGAGGCUGCACCAACCCCUACGGCAAGACUAAGUACUUCAUCGAGGAGAUGAUCAAGGAUCAAUGUAAAGCUGAGAAGGACUUGAAUGCGGUACUGCUGCGUUAUUUCAACCCCAUCGGAGCUCAUUCCUCUGGUCUGAUUGGAGAAGACCCUCAGGGCAUCCCCAACAACCUGCUGCCAUAUGUUGCCCAGGUUGCUGUUGGGAGGAGAAAGUGCCUCAGUGUAUUUGGAAAUGAUUAUGACACAGUCGACGGUACAGGUGUGAGGGAUUAUAUCCACGUUGUUGAUCUGGCAAAGGGGCAUAUAGCAGCUCUGAAGAAGCUGAAGGAUAGCUGUGGUUUCAAGGUUUACAACCUUGGAACUGGGAGAGGCUACUCUGUGCUCCAGAUGGUGAAAGCGAUGGAAAAGGCAUCGGGGAAAGAGAUCCAGUACAAGAUUGCCCCUCGGAGAGACGGAGAUGUGGCGUCCUGCUAUGCCGACCCCACGGUUGCCGAGAGGGAGUUGGGAUGGAAGGCUGCAUUUGACCUGGAGAGGAUGUGUGAGGAUCUGUGGCGCUGGCAGUCCAUGAACCCCACUGGAUUUACUAAUGGCACACUUUCUUGAUGAAGCUCCAGCUGGUCAUUGUUUUUAAAUCACCAAUGCAAACCUCAAAUUUCCUCAUUUUCUCACACUGUGCAUAUACACCUCAAAUCUGAAGUCUUUGGCUUCUUUAUGUUGACUUUUCUAUCCCUCCUAUUAUCCAUUCCUUGAUUUUCUUUUAGCAUUUUUUUUUAAUAAUCAAUCCUAGAAAAUAUAUGCUUAAACAUUUGUUUGUUUGUCCUGUUAUUUCAUAUUUAACAAGGGGAUAAUUACUUUUUAAAUGUAUGAAUCUGCAAGCCAUAACAAUGAAAGAAU